CAGAAGAAAUACUGAAGAUGUCUGGACGUGGAAAGACCGGAAAAGCUAAAGCGAAGCCCAAGACUCGCUCCAGCCGAGCUGGUCUCCAGUUCCCUGUCGGCCGUGUCCACAGACUGCUCAGGAAGGGUAACUACGCCGAGCGCGUUGGUGCAGGAGCCCCGGUGUAUCUAGCGGCUGUGCUGGAGUAUCUGACCGCUGAGAUCCUGGAGCUGGCUGGAAACGCUGCCCGUGACAACAAGAAGACCAGAAUCAUCCCCCGCCACCUUCAGUUGGCCGUUCGUAAUGAUGAGGAGCUCAACAAGCUGCUGGGUGGAGUGACCAUCGCUCAGGGCGGUGUGCUGCCUAACAUCCAGGCGGUUCUACUACCCAAGAAGACCGAGAAGGCAAAGUAAGGCUCGGGCUGACUAUAAAAAAACAAACAAAAAACCAACGGCUCUUUUAAGAGCCAAACACAACUCCUCAGAGCAGAUACCUUAACUUAUAUUUAAUACUAAAAUGAUUUUUAAUCUUUUUUUAAAUAAAUAUAAGAAUAAAAAGCUUUUCAGAAUUUGACCGCUUUAUA